AACAGAAAUGGAAGUUUCAACGGUCAACGAUGUUAAAAUUUAUAACUUGAGCGCUGGAAAAAGCCUACCAGAGUGGAUGUCAUCCCGCACUAGAAGAAAAUUGGAACAAAGAAACACCGAUGUUCGUCAGAGGAUUCAGCUCAUUCAAGAUUUCGAAAUGCCCGAUGUCAGUAACACAGUGAACAUCACUCCAGAUGGCAAAUAUGUGUGGGCUUCAGGAAACUACAAACCUUGGCUGAGAUGCUACGAUUUGAACAAUCUAUCAUUAAAAUUCGAAAGAGGACUCGAUGCAGAUGUCAUUAAACUUAUCCCACUGAGCGACGACUACUCGAAGGUAGUAAUAUUAGAAGAAGAACGAUGGAUUGAAAUGCAUGCGAUGCUUGGAAGAUAUUUCCGAAUGCGAAUGCCAUGCCAAGGACGAGACAUGGCACUUUCAGAAGAAUCAAGUGAUUUGUAUCUCGUUGGAUCGAAAAGCGAAGUUUACCGUUUCAAUCUCGAGCAAGGAUGUUGGCUGACUCCAUUCGAAUCGACUGCUCCUCUGAACUGCGUUCAAGUUUGUACUGAACAUCAAUUAAUUUGCUGUGGUACCACAAACGGUGUCGUUGAGGCAUGGGAUCACAGAGACAAAUCUUUAUGUGGUACCUUAGAUGCAGGUUCUUCUGUUAAUAGCCAUAUCGGUGAAAAUCAAAAAGUGGCCGUCACGUCUGUUGCAUUUUCUGAUCCUUUACACAUUGGAGUGGGUACAAGUACAGGCCAAAUCCUUAUUUACGAUUUGCGUGCUCGUCGACCUCUUCUUAUCAAGGACCACAAUAACGAAUUACCAAUCAAUAAACUAGAUUUUAUCAAAAGAGACGAUGGGGAUGUCGUUGCUUCUAUGGAUUCUAGAAUGAUGAAGCUAUGGCAUGAAGAAGAUGGUUCACCUAUGGCUGCUAUCGAGAAUACAUGCCCAUUAAACGACUUCUGCCGGUUCCCAAAUUCAGGAAUGUUCUUCUUCGCAAACGAAGCUCCAAAAAUGCUCCAGUACUUUAUUCCACAACUUGGCCCUGCUCCAAAAUGGUGUUCUUAUUUGGAAAAUCUUACAGAAGAGAUGGAGGAAACAGAAACUACAGUCUACGAUAACUAUCGUUUCGUUACCAAGAAACAACUUGAUGAUCUUGGGCUUUCGGGACUAAUCGGAACAAAUGUUCUUCGAGCAUACAUGCAUGGAUAUUUCAUUGAUGCUCGUCUAUACAACAAAGCUCAAACACAAAUGCAACCAUUUGCUUAUGAAAAGUACAAGGAUGAGAAGAUCAAGUCAAUGAUUGCUGAUGAACGUGAAGAGUCUGCAGUUAAAAAGAAGGUGGAAAAGUUGCCAGCAGUGAAUAAGGCUCUCGCAGCUAGACUCCGUGAUGAAGCAUCAGCUGCUAAUCAGAAGGCGGAAACCAAGAAAGAGAAAAAGAAGAGCAAGAAAUCAGAUGCCGCAACUUCUCUUCUUGCUGAUGAUCGUUUCAAGAAAUUGUUCGAGUCUGAAGAUUUCGAAGUUGAUGAAACAAGUGAGCAAUUCCUGAAGAAUGCAUCAAUUGCACAAAAAAUGAAAGCAAAAGGACCUGUUGAAGUGGAAUCGGAAGGUGAAGAAUCUGAAGACAAUGAUGCAUCCGACUCUGAAAAUGAAGCAAGUGGUAGUGAUAGUGAACCGAAAGGAUCUGCAUCAUGGAUGGUUGAGGAAAAUCGUGAAGUAGAUAUGGCUUCGGAUUUGGAAAGUGCUUCAAGUGAUGAAGAUAUAGACCAAUCGUUGAAAGCAAAACGAGCCAAAGUUCGCGCCGCUAAAAAAUCUGAACGAAACAUUCAAAAAUCGCAGAAAUACGACGAACGGAAAGAGGCGAAGAAGAUUAGGAAAGAACAGCGACAGUUAUCGAAACCUUCCAAAUUCGUACUUCAUUCAAUUGGAACCGGCGAGACGACUAGAAAGUUUGUUGACGAAACUGUCGCGGUCAGAGAUGAUGCUGACAACAAGGACUCGAUGGCUCUCGGUGCCCGUAAAAGAGCAACUGCGAGAAGUGAUAGAAAGACUAAGAAGGUCAACGAUGAUGAUGUACCCUUCGGAGGUCGCGAGAUGACAUUCACGAUUUCGAAACGUGAUAAGGAUCUUCGUGCAGAAGCUGCAAAGACGAAACAAGCAGCUCAUGCAGCUGAACGAAAAGAAGUGAGCCGACGCCCGAAUGCUCUGGUCACAAAAGGACUGAAAAAACUUCCUGGAAACGUAAACGUUGGAAAACGCCAGAAUACAUUCUAAAACUAGAACCCUUUAGAUUUAAAUUGUUGAUUUUAUUUUUCAAAUCUUGUUUUUUAUCAACCAGUUCUCUUUUUCCAUAUUUUUUUAUUAUUCUCAUAUUUACUCUUGUUGUUAGUUUCUUUUUGUUGUUGUUGUUAUCUAUCCCAUCCAGCUUUUGUUUGCCAUUUUUGUUCGAAGCUUUUUUUUUCUGAAUAAAAAAGAACAGCGACUAAAAU